GUCGAGGAAAAGAUUUCGAGUUGCUCGCAAAGAAAGUCGCCGUGGAAAUGUAGUGCAAUUUGAGGGCUUAAAAACGGCAAAUUUCGGGCUAAAAUUAGUGUAAGUGAUUGUAGGAAAAGUUUUGCCAGUGAUUGGGAGUAUUUUUGGGUCACGAGUGAUCGUAUUUGCACCGAAAAAAGUGAAUCGAAAAAAGUUGUUCUGAAAAUUUUCAAUACUGUGACGAGAGUGCUGUUCGUUCGAUCCGAUUGAAGAAUAAGGAAAACGACAUGAAUGGCUGCUGCUGGCUAGGUGCUGUGGCUGGCAACAAACUUGGCAAAAGUUUUGCAGAAAAUUGCUGAUUCCGGAAGGGACAUCGCAAAAUCAGUGCAACAAACACACAGCGCAGAACCCACAUUUUGAUCGAAAUAAAACGCUCGGUCCAAGAAACGCGAAAAGAGACUGCAGAAAAUUUUAGAAGCGCAACCGCUGAUGGACCCGUUUUCAGCAACAAAUAAUAACGAGUGACGGGCCGCUAGUAUCAUACUCAUCAAGUAAAUAAACACAAAGAAAAAUCAACCCGCGUUCCGCUUCGGUAAUUUUUCGCCCAGUGGCAACGAUCCCAUCUGAGUAGCAGCACACUCACCGCUAAAGUUGAGGGGCACGGCUAGCGCGCUGGACAAUUGACUGCCAGCCAGCCAGGGUUUUCCGGCCUGUUCGGAGUCCAAUUCGCUUGCGGAGUGAAAAGCAAUGGGUAAGAGGCACCAUCCGCCUGCUGCAGCAUCUGCCGAUAACGAUGGGCACCAUUACGAAACACCGCACAAACGGCAACGGGUGGAGAUAGUUUCGUCGUCGGCAAAUGUCACCCCCUCCAACGGCAGCGGCCAGCACCAUUUCAACUCAUCAUCGCCCUUCUUCUGCGGGACACCUUACGGAGGUAGCCCCGCUCUGAAUUUCAGCUUUACACUGACCCGGGAGUUUGUCGACGGAACCAUCCUCACAGAUUUAUCGCUCAAAGACUGGCGCAUCGGGAAGCCUAUAGGAAAAGGAAGUUUCGGUGAAAUCUUUCUCGCUUCGGAUGAUAUUUUCAAACCAGUCACAAGCGAAAAUGCGAAAUAUGUGGUCAAAAUUGAACCCCACUCCAAUGGCCCGCUGUUCGUGGAGAUUCAUGCCCUGCUCAACACGGGUAAACAAUCAGAUACCAGUCCCAUCCCGCCGGGUAUGCCGGAGUAUAUCGCCUCCGGUUCGCAUUACUUCAAAAACGAACGCUACCGGUUUCUGAUUCUUAAACGGUACCAGCGGGAUCUCCAUUCACUUGUCAGGAACAAACGUGUCGAUCCGAAGAGCAUUCCUACCAUUGCAUUUCAAAUCCUGGACGUGUUGGAACAUCUCCACGACAAGGGUUACGUGCAUUCGGAUAUAAAGGCGGAGAAUUUGAUGAUCGGAAAGGUUCCGGUCAAGGAGCUUUCGGAUGUUCGGAGUACGCUUUUUUUCGAAAGGUAUCAAAAGAAUGGAUCGGUGCACGGUGGUGCAUCGAUGAAAAGCAACAAGAAGACUGCUGCUGCCGUUCAGAAUGGGUUCAGCUCAACCCCGACGGUUCUUGCAUCGAAAAAGUUGUCCAUCGAGUAUGGUGGCAGUAAUCCGGUGCGGUCUUGUCGUGGAGGAGGAACAAUGGAAUCCGAAACUUAUCAGGAUAUGGUAAAGUCGCAUUACCUGAGACCUCUGAAAAACAUUGUCUAUCGCGAUGAUAGUGAAGAUGAGAAUGAUGGCAAAAAAGGAAAGAAAAAACGCAAGAAGAAGCGCGAUGGAGACACGAGUAGAUCAUUUUUCUACCACAUUACGUCCAAAGAGGUGAACGAAAACUUUAAGCAGAUUAAUGUGCAGGUUAGUCGCGAUGCGGCUUCGUUGGUUUCCAAUGGAUCUGAUAAGAGGGAUCAGAAAAAAAAGAAGAAGAAUGGAGAUGCUGGCGGUGCAGAUGCCCUUGAAGACCGUAUACAUUUGAUUGAUUUUGGGCUGGCGUCCAAGUAUAUCGAAUCUACAGGAGGUCACCGACCGUUUUGCAUGGACCAACGCCGUGCACAUGAUGGGACUCUUGAGUUCACUUCACGAGAUGCUCACAUGGGCGCCCAUGCUCGCAGAAGUGAUAUGGAGUGUUUGGGUUAUAACUUGGUUUUCUGGAGCCAAGGAUUCUUACCCUGGAAGGAUGAGAAGAUGCUCAACCAACCGGAGCAAGUUCAUCGAAUGAAAGAGUAUUUCAUGACCGAUGUUCGUGAGAUGCUGAAAACUAUUUACGGAGAAGAUUGUCCCAAAUACUUGGGAGAAUAUCUCCACUAUGUCGGUGGAUUGAUGUACGACGAACGGCCAGACUACGAUUAUCUGCGUUCUCUAUUUUUACAAGAGCUUCGUCGUCUUGAUGUUGACCUGAAGCAGCGUCCUAAGCUUAAUGUUUCAGACAUUGCCAAGCUAAGCAUACCGAUUAAAACAGCGGAAGAAGCUGAGAUCACCAACAAGAUCAACCACGUCAAGUCGAUGAUGAAGUUGGGUGUGUUACCAUUUAGGGAAAGUACCUUGCAUAACAAGACGACAUCUCCUAAGAAUUUGCGGUCGAAACGGGAAAGCACGCGUGCAUCGGCCGGAGGCAAAAAUGGCACCAAAAACGGAUCAGCCGUGAAAAAGGAGAAGAAAUUUUCUUGGUCUGACAUAUUGAGCUCCGAUCCCGAUCAAAUAGCCCGGGAACGUGCCGAAAAGGAGUUCGAAAGGGCUGAUCAGAUGGAGGAGGUUGUGAUUCGAUACAGCGGCAAUCCAACCUAUGCCAUUCGGGAAUUAGAAAACAAACGGGAAAGUGGUCUGUUAUGCGGAGGCUGGAGUGGAACGGAUUAUAUCGAGAGUGAAGACUAUAUUAAAGGUUACACAAAACCAAUGAUGGAUUUGCUUAGAAAACGGCAGUCACAGAUUCUGAGGGAUAUCUGUGAAGAUAGACAAAAAUCUAAUAAGCAUAAUGGAAACGGUGUUAAGAAACCUCCGGAUGAUAAUGGGGAAAAUGAGGAAGUAGAUGAAAGAUCAGAGCAAGGCAGUGAUGCUGAAAGCGAAGAAGAAGAAGAAGAUAUGGAAGCAGAAGAAGAAGAUGCCGAAGAAGAGCAAAGUGGUCAAGAGGAAGAGGAUGAAGAUGUUGAAUCCGAAGAGGAAGCUGCUGAUGUAGAGGCUGAAGAAGAUGAAAAGACCGAAGAAGAAGCAGACUCCGGAAAUGAUGAGGUGGAAGAGGAUGAUGAGGAGGAAGAAGAGGAAGACGAAACUGUUGAAGCCAAACGACACACUACUCAGGGCAGAAAACAAAAUUCACGUGGUCGCAGGAAGAAGCAUACUAUUCGAAAGGAAGAAAGUGAUAGCGAUUUUAUAAAUGAUGCAGAAGAAGAGGAAGAAGAAAACUAUGAAAAUGAAGAAGCAACAGAUGCAGAAGAAGCUGAUGUUGUUUCGGUAGUUUCAGAAGUACAAUUACAGCGGCGUAAAGUUCGAAGAAGGCACUUCCAAUCGGAGAGCAGUGAUCAACAGGACAGUGACUUUAACGAACAAGAAAGCUCGGAAUAUGAUAGCCGAGAUGCGCGUGGAAAGGGCCGUGAACGAUCAAGACUGAAUCGAGCUCAACCGAACUCCGGACGAGAUCAACCCUACUCAAAAGCCAACUCUGGCACCAAUACAAAAGUUCCUGUGAUAGCCAGAAAUAACAAUAACAAUAACAAGCCAUACUAUGGCGAUGUGGACGAUUCCUCCCACGACGUUCCCUCCUCACAGCAGCAGCACUACCGUCUGUUGAAACGCCGUAAAUCUGGCCUGCGGGAACGGAUACGACCGACAGCCCGCAGCGCCAAGUACCACGACGAUCUGCAGCAGCAGAAAGCCAAACGAAGUCCACGUAAACGCCACCGGUACAGCGACGACGAAGACUACUGCCAAGUGGAUGAUUCAUCGUGCAGUUCGUCCCACACAGCCUCCUCAUUAGCAUCUUCCGCCACGACUGCCACUAACGGAUCGGACUUUUCCGACUGUUUAAGUUCAGCUGCUGAAAACAACGGCACGCAAUCCAAGCGCAAAUCCUCGCGCAAACGAAACGUGCGAUACUUUUCGCAAAGCAGUCGCUCGAGGAUGUCCUCCAAUUCACGUUCCUCUUCGGUGCAUAAUGUCGCCAAUGGUACCGUAACUCAUUCUACUACAAACGGCAAUGGUGUUCACCAUCAUCAUAGGCCCACCAACGGUCAAACCACCAAUGUCAGAUACGGAGGAGAUGAUGAUGAGUUCUUCGAUGACGAUGACACCCGAGACAUGGACUACAGUCCGCGCAAGAAAAACAAAAACGGUCGCAAGAGCAACCCCACAGUGAUCGGCGCUACUCGGAAGGCUGUAAACCACCAUCUGAAAAAGAAGAACCACGCCGAAAGUAAAGCCUCCAGUUCCUGCGGUGCUGUCCAUCAACUCCCCUUUCAAACUUCCGAUGAACCCUCUACCAUCAAUUCAGUUGCGGAUCAUUUUCGCUUGUCUAAAAAGCUUUCUCAAGGUCGCACCGGUCGGUCCAUAUCUGUCUGUUGCUGUCGUUUUUGUUGGUAAACGGAGAAGGGUGAUGGGUGUUGCGUUAAGGUGGUAAUGAAUCGGAUGAAACGAGUCAAGGCUUUGGCGUUGAACCAGAAAUAAUGAUCUGGGAAUCGAAUAUGGGUGAUCAUUGUUUGGCAUAAGUGAGUUUGCCUAAUAAUUUGGAGUUGGAAUUUCUUGUUUUUAUUCUAAAUUGUACAUUAGAUAAGCUAGCUUAUGUCCGAGCUAGAUACCUAAAACAUUUCUUUUGAACUAUCAGUAAUCACUUGUAUGACAAAGAUUUGAAUAUCUAGGUAUAAAUAUUUGAAUUUUUCAUGCGCUUGAGGUACAUAAGAAAAAAUUUGCUUCGAAACUUCAAACCAAUGCUACACGUUUCUUUUUUUCUGUAAGUAUUCGUCAGUUCGAUCAUUCUUUUGAGAUUUGAGAAUAGGUUAUCAUAUUGUUUCAAACCUUAAUUAUAUGAUAGUUUUUUACUGUGAUAUUUUCAAUAAGCUUACUUUUUCUCACAAUAAGGAAAAUUUCUCAAUUAUUUCGAGAUAUAAUUGAAGAAAUCUCUUCUAGGUGAAUUUUUUAAAUUUAUUUUUUUAAUUUUCAAUAUUGAAAAACAGAACAACUUUUUCAAUCUUUAGUAUCCCAAUAAUCUUGAAUGUCUCGAUCACACAAACUCGACUCAAAAAUAACAUCCUGCUCGUUCAUCCGUCCAAUAUCGUCGUAUACACAUUCACCCGAAAGUCCACGUGAACAUUCACCUCGAUCCACCUCCGUACGUUCGUCGUAUGUGUCCGUCAUUGGUUGUAGUCCACAUGAGCUGACCUGGUGUGUCUAUGUAUUCUGUGUGUGUCUUGUGUACUACCCACAGGCUCAACAGCAGGAACUUUGACCAGUGCCAGUUCAACAGCCAAAACCGUUGACGGUGGAAAGGGAGUGGUGGCUGGAUUGCGGGGAAGACGAUACCACCACCAACACCGGACUUACAGCCGUGGAUAGCCAAAGACGACGAUAUCAAUGGAGAGCAACCGAGGAAGGAUCCAGUCUUGCCACCUGAGCUGUUGUCAGUAUCCGAAUUAAGUUCGCUGGAACAUUCGUACCCGGCGCAGGUUUUUAGCAACAAUAGUCGUGUUGUUUAUCAUUAGUCGGAAUAUAACCAGUAGCAGGUUAGAGCCGUUUUUCUUCAUUUCAUAUUGGUCCGUGUGUUUUCUGUUACGCCGGGUGUUUUGUUCGGAGAACAUCAAAGAUUACAAUGUAAAUAAGCAGUAUGCUACGUUCUGUUUUGUAAAGUUAACUUUUUGUUUUUAGGUAGAAUUUGAAUUCUCGAUCCUACUUUUGUUGAUCUACUUUUUUCCGAAUCAUUGUGACAUAACUUUUCUUCAUGAUUCCCUAACAACCUAUGAGAACAAUGUAAGAUACAGUCUGUAUUUUUCUUAAUAAUAUUCCAAUUAUAAUACAAAAAUGAUCAAAUUCGUGUAAUAGUAGAUGAUAUAAACAUUAUGAAAAAAAAACAGCUAGGAAUAUAAUGAAGCAAUUUCAACUCAAACUUUAAAAAAAUAUUAGAGGAAACUGAAACCCGAAAGCUCUGAUUUAAAGUUAAUAAGCUCCUAAGUCAGCAAAUCAAAGUAUUCUUCCUGAUGGAACAAAUCGAUAACUUUAUUCAGGUUGAUACAAUUAUUUAAACAUAAAAACAAAGAUGUAGCUAAAAUCAACAACAUUGAAAAAUCCUACACCAGCAAACUCUAGCAAAAAUGUCAGUGGAUACCACUGAUUUUUCCGUUUUCCAACAUCAAAUUUCGUUUUUCUAGCAAAGAAAUUUUUAAAUUGAAGCUGUUCGAGCUCUAGGAAAAGUCGUUGCAAACGAAAAUCCUAUCGAUCUGUAAAAAUGUUAUCCCUAGUUCAAAUUUCAACAGAAAAGGCCUUCCUCCUUGUGCGAGAGACUAAUAGACAGAAAAAAAACGAGCAAUUUUUCGUUUAAUUUAACUAAACAUGUUUUGCACUUGAUUGUUUUGUACAAGAGAGUAAUAAAAUUGUUUUUUUUUAAUUUCUAAUUGAGCAGCUUUUGUUCACUAAUAAAAGUUAUUCGACGAAACAGAAAAGACGGUGUAUAUAACCUGUACACAAACUCUGUCACAAAACAGAUUCAGGAGUUUGAAGCAAAAAAUUGUAUAGAAUAAACUAUUGAAAACACUCAAUCCGCAUGAUGGAACUGUAAUGCAUUAUAUUACAAUGUUUUAUGAAAACUAAUAAAAAAAACUACAAAAGUUAAACUGUCAAAUCUAGCCACGAGUUGGUACCGUUACAUCUAUAAAAAUAAGGUCAGGAAUCGGGUGAUAAUUUCACAAACCCUCCCUAUAGGCAUUCGUGCAACAACAACAUCAAAAAUCAUGUUCCCGACCGGAUAACAAAAAAAUAUUAUGUAUAGAUAUAAACCAUUUAAAUAAUAAAAAAAAACCCCAACUGCUUAAAUCGGAAAGAGCUAAAGCCUGUAUUAUAGUAAAGCCCCCUUUCCCACCUUCCUUCCCAUGGAAAAUCUUUCGCGAGUCGAGAGGUAGACUCAUAAGUAUAUUGAACCAAGAGGAUGAUCAAAAUACAAAAUACCUAUAUAGAAAGUUUAGAUGCAAUUGGGGUCCCUCAACAAGCAAGUGAAAAUGUGGUGAAACAUUAUGAUACGAAAAAUACUAAAUAAAAAUAAUUACCAAA